UAUGUUGUAAGUAUACUUUACAUAUUUUCAUAAAUAAGAUCCAAAGAUUCUUAAGUAAUAACUUUAAUUAGAAUAAUUAUAGUAAUAAAGAGAUAUAUAAGAGGUAAGCACUUAUUUUGAUGAAGAAGAAUAAUUAAUUAAUAAUCUUAAUUAAAAUAAAUAUAAUUAGAGAGGUAUAAAAUUGAAUGAAUUUUAUGAACUUUAUAUAAACUUGGACUUAAAAAUUAAUUAUUAAGAAUGUUGUAAACCAUAAGAAUCUAAAUAUUCUUCAUUAAAUGGAAUACGUGUAUUAGGAUUUUUAAUGUGUGUUUUUGGAAAUACAGGAAUCUCAAUGCUAUUAUAAUGUGAUUUUUAUUAAGUUCAACAUUAUAGCAAACAUUACAUCUUAUUAAUAGUCUUUGGAUGUCUCUAUUCUGUAGAAAUAUUUUUGUGGCUUUCUGGAUUUUUUGCUGUAUUUUCAUUUAUUAAAUUGAAUUGUCUAUAUAAUUUACUUUUAAGAAUAUGUAAAUUAUGGCCUUUAAUGGUUUUGAUCAUUUUAAUAAAUACACAAAUAAUACCAUAUUUAGGAGAUGGUCCAAGAUGGUUUUAUAUAGAAAGAUAUACCAAAUGUGGAAAAUGGUGGUAAAACAUUUUAUUUAUUAAUAAUUUUGAUGAUGAAAAUUAUUGUACAUUAUGGUUAUGGUAAUUAUCACUUGAUAUUCAGUUAACAAUCAUAUGUGCCAUAAUCAUAGUAUUAUAUAAAAGAAAUAAAAAUGCUGCAAUAAUAUUGACAACUAUUCUUCUAUUAGUAUCAUAGUCAUAUGUUAUAUAUACUUGUUUAGAUAAAUAAUAUGGUAUUCCAUAUUAUGCUGCAUUCACUACUGAUAUCUAUAAAUCAUUUUAUUAUAGACCUUGGUUUAGAGCACCACCUUAUUUUAUAGGAAUGUUAACUGCUUUUUUUGUAAUCAAUUUUAAAAGAAAAUUGAAACUUUGGUUUUAAAAUACAAUAUAAAUUAUUGGUUUUUUAAUAAUUGUUUAUUUAACAGUAGGAUGGUAUGAUACUAUGUAAUUUGGUGAAGACUUUUAUCCAAAAUUGUAUUCUCAAAUUUAUGAAGGUGUAAUGAGAACUAUUUAUGCUAUAGGUAUUACUUUGUUUGUAUUACCAAAUUUAUUAGGAAAUCAUAAUAUUAUAUAUUAAUUAUUAAAUUAUACUCCAAUCAAAUAUAUAGUAAAAUUUACAUUUGUUGGAUAUCUAUUACAUAUGUUGAUUGUUGAAGUUAUUAUAGCAUCAUUUUAUAAAAGUUUGGAUUUCAAUGUAUAAAGUAUUGGAUAAGUAUAUGUUGGAUGCAUUAUUAUUAUUGCUGGUUUUAGUUUUAUAUUUAGAUGGUUAAUUGAAUUACCAUUUGAAAUUAAACAUAAAAUUACAGAAAAGUCUUAAUCUAAAUAAUAUAUGUAGAAAAAGAAUGUUGAUUUGAUUUGA